AGUAUUUACAAUAGAGGCUAAGAGGUAUUAGCCUUCGUCCGCGAAAUAUCUUAUAUCGCGCGCAGUGUUUGCCGCACCGCAGUUGUCGAACGUGUACAAUCCAUUCGUACUGAACCUACUAUUUAUAUUCGACGGAGAACAGUGCACUAGUAAAAAAAUAUAUAUACAUUUCAAGCAGCCAGUGAUAAAAACACAUACCUAACCAGCUAGGUAUUACCAAAGGUACCCACGUACCGAAAUUCGGCUUAUAAAACGUCGCUGUGAUUACCGCGGUAUCCGCGGCAGGAUGAAGGAGGUACUGUUGGUGGCCCUGUUGUCCGUCGUCUGGUCGCUGCGACCGAUCGGCACGGCGGACGUCGUGCAGACAAAAACGGCGGCGCCAGCGCCCGAAGCGAGGACCAACGACGACGACAACCAGUCGCUGCAGUCCGCCUCAGUGUCCGACGGCGGUGACGUCAACAACGGCACGUCACCGUGCGACCGGUACCUCAGAUCGGCCGAAGUGGAAGUGCGGAACCCGCGGAACCACAAGUUCGUCACGUCCAACGGCUGGGCGGAACGGCAGAGGCCCCGGCCCGAGAUCAGCGUGUACUCGCGCGUCGAAGAGCUCCCGUCGCCCCAGCCGCCAGCAGCGACGGCCGGUGCAGCGUACUACCAUCAGCAGCGGGACAGCAGCUUUUACCAGCACUCGCGCCAACAGCCGGCGGCCUUGCAGAGGACGUCCAAGAGGAUCAUCUAUUACGCGACGCUGCCGGACGUGAUCCGACCGCCGGCCGGUUACCCUCCGCCAUCGAACCCUUAUUCGGCCGAUCCGUUCGCUCUCGGUCCUGGCCCAUUUUCCGCAGAUUUCCGACAACUGCAGGACUCAAGCAGGAAAUCGCCGGCUGAUGGCUUGCAACGCAGCCGAUUGACGUCCUACGAAAACGCCUACAACCGCGGUGGUGGAGGUGGCCAGGGGGGCGGUGGAGUCAGUGUCGGUGGCAACGGCGUCACGUCGGUCACGACCAAGUCGACGGCCUUAUACAACAGCAGAUAUGACGAACCGGCCGAGUUCCGCGACUCGUAUUACCGGCCCAACGAGCUAACGUCCAAGUUCGCGUCGUGGGCCGAACCAUUCUACAAGAGCUGGUCCUCGUCAUCGUGGGACAAAGACCGUGCGUCGUUCAGCAACAACAACAGAGGUUCACCGUCGUUCUCGUGGGACAGGGAACCGCUCAACAGGGGUGGUGGCUCGUGGGACAGGGAACCGCUCAACAGGGGUGGUGGCUCGUGGGACAGAGAGCCACUCGGAGGGGACGGCGGCAACUCGUGGGACAACAGGGGUUCGUCGUGGGACAACAGGGGCUCAUCGUGGGAUAAGGAUCUAGUGGAAGUGCCGUUGCAAAAGCCCUACAGAAGUGGCGGCGGAGGCGGUGGCCGAGACAACAACUUAUACAACAACGACAAGUACCCGGAAGUGGCUGUCGUCCAUUCUGGAGUGAUCGAUGUAAGGGGAGAUCGGCAGCAGAACGGCUCACCACCACUCGCUCCGCCACCGAGGUUCACCAUCAUCGACGUCGAUCCGAAACCGUACCACGAUCAGCAGCCAAUAACGAUGCGGUACGACGAGCGCAGCAAGCCGAUGGUGCAGCAGAACAUGCGGUACGAACCGCCCCAAAAGCCUAUGCGGUACGAAGAGUACAUGCCGAUGCACACGCGAAUCGAACAGCAACAGCCAAUGCCGCCGUCAUCCAUGAGGUACGAACAGCAGUAUCGGUCUCCACAACAGCAGCAUCAACAGUCAUCCACUCGGUACGGUCAACAACAACAAACACAGAACAAACCACCGUCCAACGGUUACUACGAGAGUAUAAAAAACAACAUCAACACUCAUCAGUUCAUGACAAGUUGGACAGAAGUAUCGACUCAGGACGAAGUAUCGCCCACGCCCUCCGUGAGCAUAGAUAUUGCUACGACCGGUAAUUCGACUAGCGUUCAAAACAAUACCAAGAUCACUCCAAAUGCAAAUACUUCAAAAAUACCAAAAUGAAAGGUGUUAAUAAAAAAUGUAUAAGAUAUUUUAGGUAAUAUAUUUGAAAUAUUGGAUUUUAUAUAAAAUAACGAUUCGCGAGCAUAAUAACUAUUUACAUCGAACAAUGUGUUAAAUCAAAAUGUGAUUCUAUACCUAUCGAUAUACUUGAGCAGUUGCGUAUUAAGGAAUUUUUCAUCAGAGGGGUCCGGAUAAUUUUCCUAACGUAAAUUCUAAAUAAAUCAUAGUUAAAAACAUAGAAGAAGAAACAAAACUUUAUUUUAAAUCAAAACAAUUUGUGUAGUAAUUUAAGCUUCAGUAUAACCUAUAUAUUUUUAAACGCAGUCUUCUUAGUCUGCAGUAGCCAGUAUGGUAAAGUAAAAUGCAUUAAUACAUUCAUAUAAAACUAUAGGUAUAUGGCUGAAUAACUAUGGGGCAGGGGUGGCCAAACCACGGCUCACGUCUUAACAUUUUUACUAAGAUAAUAGUUAUAGGUAUAUAAUUCCAUUUUCUGCUCAUAUUAUUGUUCAUUAUAUCGCGCGGCUCGUGACUAAGUUAUCGUUGGCCACCCCUGCUAUAGAAUAUAUACUCUUACAAUUCAGUAAGUAAAAUUAAUAAAACAGCACUAAUCAGUCCCCCGAAUUCAAGUGAAUAACACAACAAUUCACAGUAAUAGGUAAGUAAAUCCUAAUUAUUAAGCAGAUCGCAUAAAUAAAAUCUACUCGAACCGAUGCCUACUACAGAUUACAAUAUUUUAAUGUAGGUACUCCUACUUAUUUAUAAUAAUAAAUAAUAUAUUAGUUUUAGUUGUACAGAUUAUUAGUAAACUAAUUUUAUUGAUAUUAAUUAGUCGGUAUUCCUAAACAUUUGCGCAUGAAUAUAAUAUUAUGUAGGUAAAAAUAUACAUGUAUUUUUAUACAAUAUGUGUAUGUAAUAUGUAUAAUGUAUAUAUAUAUUUAUUAUUUUAACAUAAUACCUCUGUUGUAUUGACUUAAUGUAUAAUCUUUGGUUAUUUUAAACGUUUUAAAAUUAUAAAAUUUUUGCUGAUCUACAAAAUGUUCAUCCGUUCAUGAUUUUAAUUUUCAUUAACAAUGACCAUGAAACAAUAAUGAUCCCGUAAUAUUUAUCAUAAUGUUUUACCAUAAUUUUACAUAGUUCCAGCUCACGGAACUUAUAAAUUAGUACAGGUACAUUUAUGUAUAUAUCCUGUUUUAUUGUUCUUAUUUGAAUCUUUAAUUCAUAUUAUAACUGUUUCUUCGACAUAAUUAUAAUAAAUAAUAUAUUAUGCACUGUGUAUUGCACUGAACUACCGAAAUAAAACAAAGAAAAUAAUAUUAA